GGGUAGCAGGACUAGGAGAUCUCUGGAAACAACAAUCUUUUCAUUCAUGAACCUUCAUUCAUUCUGCUGCUGUGUUAGAAACCCAUCAAAUGCCAAGUUCAGGAAAAUAGGGCAGAGUGAGGGUCCCACCUGGGCAGGGCAGAACCCCAGCCAUGGAGGGUCCUGGUGCCAAAAACACUCCCAGCUGACUCUCAGUAUCUCUGCAGGCAGCUCAGCAGCCUCUGAUGAGGCAAGGCCUUCUUCCUGUGCUGUUCUGUGCCAGGCCCAGAUAUGAAGGGCACAGUUAUUAUCUCCCAGAUACAUUAGGCAGCUGCAGAAUGGAAUUGGCAGGAGCUGCCUUUCGGCCUGGCCAAACGAGGUUUGGUGACACAGCAGAAAGGGGAAGUUGGCAAACAGCUGUUGGAGCAAUCUCCUACUCACAAGCAGCUGUUUGCUCCUUCCCCUCCUGGCUGCCCUGGAAAUGUGUUUGAGAGUAGCUGUGGAUUUCUCUCAGUGCUCGUGGGAGGGGCAGAAGUGACAAGCACAGAAGUCACCUUUUGCAGCCUGGAAUUACCCUGGAAGAGCACGUGGGAAGUCCAAGAAGGGAGCAUGGACCAGCCCAGUGGAAGGAGUUUCAUGCAAGUUCUGUGUGAGAAAUACAGCCCUGAGAACUUCCCCUACCGCCGUGGGCCUGGCAUGGGGGUGCAUGUCCCAGCAACUCCACAGGGCUCACCUAUGAAAGACCGCCUGAACCUGCCCAGUGUGCUGGUGCUCAACAGCUGUGGCAUCACCUGUGCCGGGGACGAGAACGAGAUCGCCGCCUUCUGCGCCCACGUCUUUGAGCUCGACCUCUCUGACAACAAACUGGAAGACUGGCAUGAGGUCAGUAAAAUUGUGUCCAACGUCCCCCACUUGGAGUUUCUAAACCUGAGUUCCAACCCUCUCAGUUUGUCCGUUUUAGAGAGAAGUUGCGCCGGCUCUUUCGCUGGCGUCCGCAAACUUGUGCUCAACAACAGCAAAGCUUCCUGGGAAACAGUGCACACCAUCCUGCAGGAAUUACCUGACUUGGAGGAGCUCUUCCUGUGCCUUAAUGACUACGAAACAGUGUCUUGUUCUCCAGUGUGCUGUCAGUCUCUCAAGCUACUCCACAUAACUGACAAUAAUCUUCAAGACUGGACUGAAAUUCGAAAGUUGGGAAUUAUGUUUCCAUCACUGGACACACUUAUCCUGGCUAACAACAACCUCACGACCAUUGAAGAGUCAGAAGAUUCCCUGGCAAGGCUCUUCCCCAACCUAAGAUCCAUCAACUUGCACAAGUCAGGUCUGCAUUGCUGGGAAGACAUUGACAAGUUAAAUUCUUUCCCCAAGCUUGAGGAAGUGAAAUUGCUGGGAAUUCCUCUGCUGCAGUCUUACACCACUGAGGAACGCAGGAAGCUGCUAAUAGCCAGGUUGCCAUGCAUCACCAAGCUCAACGGCAGCAUCGUGGCCGAUGGCGAGCGGGAGGACUCGGAGCGCUUCUUCAUCCGCUAUUACAUGGAGUUCCCCGAGGAGGAGGUCCCCUUCAGGUAUCACGAGCUGGUCACCAAGUACGGGAAGCUGGAGCCCUUGGCAGUGGUGGAUCUGCGGCCCCAGAGCAGCGCCAAGGUGGAGGUUCACUUCCAGGACAAGGUGGAGGAGAUGUCCAUCCGCCUCGACCAGACUGUGGCAGAGCUGAAGAAGCACUUAAAAACUGUGGUGCAGCUGUCAACAAGCAACAUGCUGCUCUUCUACUUGGACCAGGAAGCUCCUUUUGGUCCCGAGGAGAUGAAAUACAGCUCGCGGGCGCUGCAUUCCUACGGCAUCCGGGAUGGGGAUAAAAUCUACGUGGAGGCCAGGAUGAAAUAGCCUUCCUGCCCACACCCACACGCCCCCACACACCCACACACAUGCAUUGAGGAGUUUUUUGCAAGGUUUUUAUUUCGGUUGGUUGGUUGAGGUUUGGUUGUGUUUCUGUAGCAGGUAAUUUCUUAGCCCGGAGGAAGUGCCCUGAUCUGAGAACCAUGCCCACCAUCCACUGCAGGUGACCUUGAGGUGACAAUUGACUUCAGGACGUGUGUUUCAGUGUGGGCAAUACCUUGAUGUUUCCUUUGAUGCUCCGGUAUACUCGUGAUUUGGCAUGAAUGGUCACUUGUUCAAGCUAAACAAUGCCAGGGUCCAUAAGGGAGGAGACAGCUCGGUGCAGAAUUUGACCUGUUGUUUUCUUUUCCUAAAUUUUUUGGUGUUUUGCUCCACCAGAGCUCCCUUUGGCCUAGCUAUCCAACUGUGGCUCGAGCUUGCUGUAGUAUUUUCUUGCAGCUUGGUGCUGUCUCAACCUUUUGUUGUGCUCGAGUUCACAGGAAAGAUCUCCAUCAGUAUUCUGCUUGAUUCAGAGCUCAGGUACUUUAGUGCAUCCACUUCACCCCACUGGUUUGCUUUCUGUGAGUGCACAAAAUGGGGGAAUGAAAAAGAACUUCCCAGAAAGAAACUUUGUUUUCAAAGUGCACGCUCUAUAUCCACCUGAUUUUGGUGUAGAAAAAAGAGGUUUUGGUUGCUGUACCCAUCUCGUGGUGCCUGCAGCCUGUGGGGAUAAAGGGUGUGUUGGAAAGUGAAUUUUGGGACGUGGUGGAUGAGUGCUGCCUUGGAAGGGCUUUUAGAGCAACAGGUCAACAGGGGGUUGAAGAGCAGCUUCCCCCCAUUGGCCAUUGUCCAUCCUGAUGCUGGAGAGAUCCUCCAUGCACUUCACCUUGUACCAGUGGGUGCUGCAAGUGGAAUGGCUAAAAUUCCUCUCCUGGGAGAGAGGAAGAGUCAAGUUGAAGUUUGUGUUUGUUGCUGUUGCACCAGUUCAAACCUAGCACUUUCCCCGGGGCCCCUGGCCGGGGUCCCUGCGUAGGGAGGAACUCGGAGGAGGUGUUGGCUCUGGAAGGGGAGGAGCAGAGCAGCUGGGCUCACCUUGGCUGCUCAGCAGGUUUCACUCUCUCUGGCUUCCCCCACGCGCCCCCGUAGGCAUCGCGUGCUGCUGCUUCACCUAGUCCCUGGUUUGACUGCAGAGCAGAUCCCCUGCCUGCCCAGUGAAAUCCUCCUUCCUCUCUCUUGUUUCGCUUUCUUGUGUCUUCCCUGCUCCAAGUUCAAGAUUUCCCCAAUUUCCUGGUUACAAGCAGCUGCACAGCAGUUUUUGGAGCUGUGCAGUGAGGGCUCUAGUUACACAUGAACUCCUGACCUUCAUUUUGAAAUGCUCCCUUUAUCCCCACGUGCACUUUCUUUCCCAGGAUGCUUUUUCCCACAUCACCGAGCUCCUUUGGUAUUCUUGGAGUUGUGUAUUUCUCUUCACAUUUUACCUGGAUCGUGGGGUGGGAUCAUUGGGGAGGGGAUGAAGUAUUAUUAUCUCAUAGUCUUCAGGUUUAGGAUGUGGGGAUUGUUCAGAGGGGAUUAGUUCCUUAUCCAAAGCAAGGGUUGAAACGGGAGGAUUUAAAACAAGUCACUAAUUUGUGCCUCAUCCCCCUGCCAAAAAUAGCAAUUUCUUGGCCCCGUUGAGAUGAGCAAUAGGGAAGGGAGCAAGAUUUUCCAUAGGUAGCAUAGACUUUCCAUAGAUCCAUGGUACCUGUAAACUAAACAGCAGGGAGAUAGUGGCAGUGUAACAUAAAAUGAUGCUUUUAUAAGCUAGAGCUUUACUGAAGAUGUAUUUUCCAUUGGGGCAGC